UUCACCGUAUACGAACACUUCCGUUUGCACGAUCAAUCAAUCGAUUAAUUGUAGCCAGAUCGAUAAAGAGAGAAAUCAAGAAAUUGACCGUCGCGAGUCAGCGUGUUAUGAAAGAAUUCAGAAUUUUUUGAAAAAAGAAAACUAAAUUAAAAAAAUAUAUAUAUAAGAGAGAAGUCGAGGCCACGUUUAGUGGUUGUUGGUUGAUUCGUGAAGUACAAUUUGCGCGGGAUACCGCACGACGAAUGAAAUUGUGAAAACGUGCGUUAUGGCGAAUCAUCAUCCCUCGUACGACUUUGACGACAGAAGCCAGAGGAUCCGCCAUCGGGUCGGCACCGCGUCAAGACCUGCAGAUUCCACCGUGGCUUGUACCAGUACUCAAUAUUACGUGGGGCACAAUAGCGAUAUCACUGAGGAAGAUUUGGCAGAAUUACCCUCAUGCGUUUACGCGGGCAGAUCCACGCAACACGUCACGCACACAUCGCCACAUACACAUUCUCCUUUGCACUAUCACAUGCCAGUUUCAACGCCAGAUCAUGACACAGAAAUGAACGGCGUAGAAGAGGGUUAUUAUCCAAAUGGUAGUCCUUAUAGAAUUCAAAGACACGCAGCUAAUAUUCGUGAAAGAAAACGUAUGCUGAGCAGCAUCAACUCGGCUUUCGACGAGCUCCGGGUCCACGUGCCGACCUUUCCUUACGAAAAGAGACUGUCGAAGAUCGAUACCUUGCGCCUGGCCAUAGCGUACAUUGCGCUCUUGCGCGAGGUUCUAGCGGCGAGGCUCGACCCUUUGACUUACGUCGAGAGGUGCCUUAGGGGUGAGAUAAACGGCGAGCGCGCCGAAUGGAACACGAGCGGUAUGUCUAUCCAAGAAAUUAAAGAACCACCCACGAAGAUCGACUCGUCGAUCGGCGAAGAUCGAAACGAAGAUGUCACCAGGAGAUACGUUUCCUGUCUCGAUUUAAUUGCAAGUUCGGCGUUAAUGAAUCGAGAGAAAAUAUACGACAGAAAUGCGGAGAUGAUCCUGCUGGAACAGACCCGAGCCAGCGAUCGCGGCAGGAUCAAUAAUGUAAAUCGUCGCGUGAUCGAGUUAAGUGACAAUGACUCCAAGAUGAUCCUACGGAGGCAAUUCGGAGAGAUGGCAGAACGCGAGGGUGCAAAUUCGCAAAGCAACGCAGUGGAUUAUGAAAAUAUGGAAAUUCUGCAGAAACUGCCGCCAGACACGAUCGUGAUACGGCAAAAACCGAAGUCGGAUAUGGAAGACAGCGAUUAUAGGGAAUUGACGGAGACGAGUAACAGUAGUAGCUCGACUUCUGGCUGUACGGAUGUUAAAAUGAAAGGAAUUUCACGAGCACUCAGGAACAAAACUCUCAAAACGAUGGAGGUGAGACGAAAUCCCAUGCGAGUGUCUAAGAGAAAUAUUGAUAAGGAUUUUUCGCGACCGAAACAACGACUGCUGGCCAACAAGAAAGAGUUUUAUUCGAAUUAUGAACUCGGGAAGCGCGUAAGAUCGUCCACGAUGCCGUACAUGAAUACCAGAUCUGUUACUCGAAAGAUGUAUACUGUAGGUGCUACUUAUCAAGCACCUACCAAAAAAGAUGAGACGGAGUGGAAGGAGUGGCCCGUGCAUGGAAUGCAUGAGAGACCGGUCUACCAUCCUCAAGCUGGUUUAGCAGUGGAGUAUUUAGGAAGAUACUUCACCAGCCUCGAUGGAUUAUCUUAUUGCGAGAUCAUCAACGAGCCUGAUAUCGAGGUGGUCUCUGUCGAUCCGCAUUGCGAUCGGGUCUCUUCGGCCGAGAAGAAGUCCAAGGGAAAGGCGAGAAUGAAAAGCAAACGUUCAUCGAAUACCAAAGAUCCAUGGAAUACGUAUCUCUCCGUGAACAACAAGUCCUUUGAGACAUGCAUGCACGAAAGUCUUCAUUGCGUGUUCGGUUAUUGUUCGCAAGUUAUGACGCCAGUUUACAGGCAAGCUGUGGAAGAAAAGAUGACGAAGGUGACGAUUUCCGCCAAGACGAGCUCUUUAGAAUUGGCGAAGGAGCCAACGGACGUCAAAGGUAACGUCGCAAUUCCUUCGGAGAAUGUCACUAAGCUUGCGGAAGAAACAAAAUUGUUGGAAGCUUAUGCGAUCGCCAUGGCGCAGAGUAUACAAAAUAAAAGCACCGCCAAUAGCACGAGCGAUCAGAAAGUCACCUCGACUUUUCCGUCAUCUUCAACAACGUAUUUACCAGAAGCGCAGAAAUCGACCCCGGACUUCAACAGCUCGAGGACCGCUUCGCAGAAUGGAGGAACGAUCAGGAUGAAUUUGAAGCAGAUUAUUCGAGGCGCUCCAAACAGCUCUCUAAUCUUGUUGAGAAGUUCGGCCGCGAGAUCCACGAGCGGCGAUGCUUGUACAGCAAUCGCAAGGAAUAUAUUCAACUCGGCCAAGUUGGAAGAUGCGUCCGGCGACGAGACGCUGACGGGGAUGUCGUCGAUCUACAAAAAGCUGAUGUAUGCCAAAGAGCCGGUUUCGAAAUGCGAGGAAUCGCCAGUGAAUAACAACGUGCGCACCUUAAAGAGGUGCGCCACGAAUACGCAGGAAUAUACAACGAAGAGGACCUUCCUCGAGAAUCAGUUGGACAACAAGAAGACCGUCCAGGUCGUGAAAGAGGCGCGCGAAAACAAGAGUCUCGAUCACAAGAUGAAAAUUAGCAGGGAGUCAGACGGUAGAAUAUCCAUGACGAGUUCCGGCAAGAACCUCGCGUGGUGCACCAACGAAACUUCGGAGAUCGCUAGAAUCUUAUCGGAAUACAACAAAGGCACGAGAAAGCCUACGCAGUCCAUGCAGAGCCAAACUUACAGCUCGAGAGAUACGAAGACGAGCUUGACGAAUCCGAGCGUGAAAAGUUUGCCGAAGAGCCUCUGGCAGAAGAGUACGACGGCUGAGGAGACUCAACAAUUCGUAUCCAAUUCGAAUACGAGUUUUGAUUUCCCGCAGGGAAAGUGGAAGAGGCUUCAUCUGAUGCUGGAGAAGACCAAGGACGGUCAGGUUGCCGGUGGCAAUCAAAACGCUUGGAAGGGCCCUUCGACAUCAGAGAGUCACAAAGUUCCUUUGAGGGAACAAGUGAACCUGGGCACGCUGAAUUAUAUAAGAAAGAAUUCGAUUGACUCUCGCAAGGAUCCGAAUGAGCACGAAGUUAUCAUGGUUGAUGUGAAGCCGAAAGAAAAGAAAUCGGAAUAUUCUAAAGAUGAAACGGGGUCGUUGCAAGAGCUUUUGGAGAACACGGCGAUCUUAUAUUGCGCCGCCAACGGGGUUCAUCAGGACGAUCUGUCAAGUUAUAUCGACACUCUCGACAGCAAACAGAGCAUUCAAUGGCUAGAGACUUGCAAUAAUUCUGUCGUGUAAGAAAUUGAAGAUAAAACAGUAUUUUGUUUAUUGUAUACGAUAUCGUUAAGUUCAAAGUUAUGUGUCUAUCGCAUUAAAACAGUUUUAUGAAGAUAAUUUUAUGGGUUAAUAGUUUAUAAUAAAUCGCGUAUUCCUUUGGUUUAUUUUACCCGAAGAACAUAUACAGAGAUAUGGAUAUUAUAAAAGAUACGCCUUUGAAAUUUUUAAUCAGCAGCCAUUAUCGACAAAGUAUUAAUGACACCUACAAAACAUAAAAUGCGUAAACUAAUAAUUAUAUUUUUCUAGUCGUCACAUCUAGAUAAUAUAUUUUUUCUCUUUAAAUCGGAUCAAAAUUUUA